CGAACGCCGCAGGACGCCCCGCCCCCUCCCCCUGCACGUGGGUGCCGUGGGGACACGUGGCCGCGGCGGGAGGCGGCCGGAGCGCGGUCAAAAGUUGGAGAGCUUGCCUGACAUUGAAGGGAGGACCUUCACUCAGCAGCAGAGAACUCGAUUGAGAAAAAGUCUGUGGUGAGCGGAAGCCUUGUCAGAUAAUUCACCAAAAUGGUUUUAAAGAAGAAAAAAGAAAUCCAGGUGGAUGCACUUGUUCUUGAUCACAAGGAAGUGGAAAGACUUCAGUCAUUCGUAGAUGCUGAAAAGCAAAAUCUGGCUUCUCUACUGUUGCACUGUGUACAGUUGCCUGAUGGCAUCCAGCAAAUUCAGUGUAUUAAGCAGAUUGUGCCUUUACUGAAGAAGAUGGAUGUAAACUCUUCAUGUAAUCCCAUGGUUAAAAGCUGUUUGGAUAUUUUAGGAAUAAUUUAUUUUUCACUGAGCACAAAAAAUCCUUUGAAAAAGGUGUUGGCCAGUUCACUAAAUGGCCUUCCGGAACCAUUUAUGACAGAAGCUGUGCAGAGUUUCAUUUGCUGCCUUAAAAAAGAACUAGAAACUACAGACAUAUACUCAUACAGAAAAGUUUUGGACAGUCUUGCUUCCUGUAUGGAGAACUUCAGUCUAGGUAAAGCAGGUGUUAACAGCUUAUUCAAAGAAGUUCUUCAGUUUCUGCAGAAGUCUUUAAUUGAAAUUCAGGAAGAAAACAGAAAGCUUAGUGGAAAUCAUAUUGCUCAGACUCAAUUGAUGCAUGAUUUAUUGAUGGCCGUUAAAGUUUCAAUGAUAGUAGUCCAGAAAGUGCAAGAAAAUAUUCAAGAGAAUCUUUGGAAGAAACCUGGGUCUUUUGUUUGUCAAAGUAUGUGCAGUUUACUGAAGUGUUUCACAAACUGCUUAAUGGAUGAAGAAGUAUUGCAGACUGUUCAGACUACCUCUGGACUGGCUGUCAUUCUCUUUAUGAAGAUUCUGUUUGAACCAGUUGAAAAGCUACCUUCUUUGGUCAGUGAUUUGCUCCUUCGCUCGGUGAAAUGUGUGGAUGUACCAGAGUGGUUUAUAGACAGUUGUGGAAUUCUGUGUACUGCAGAGGUUUCAGAUUCAACUCUCCUCUUCCUUUGCCAUGGAGCCUUGGCCAUGCUUGAGUGGAAGAAUAACAGCAUGGGUCAAAAUGGAGAGAAAUUGCUCUUGGAUAUUGUGUUGGUUUUGUUAUCUCUGAAUUCACGGUUAAAAGAAUCCAGUAUGGCUAUGUCCUUGUCAAGAAUUUUAGCAAUUUGGACUAGCUCAGCAUUGGAUGUCCUUGAUUCAAGCUCCCAAAGUCUAAAAUGCGCUCUUACUGGAAACUCAGACACAACUGGGAAACUGCUAGAGUAUGUGUACGCACAUUGGGAGCAUCCUGUAGAUGCUGUUAGACACCAGACUAAACUGAUCUUCAGGAAUCUCCUCCAGAUUCACCAAGCCACUCUUAAAGGAUCUGUUGUGAACUCAGACCCAUUCUUGUCAAUGUUGACAGAGAACUUACUGAACCUCGAAUGGCACGUGAAAGGGAAAUAUGCUUCCCUUAGCUGCCUUGUGGAGUGUGUGGGCAUUGAAAAUAUCUUGACAGUGGACAGAACAAUUCCAGUGCAGAUUUUGGAUGUCAUGGGCGAUCAGUCUCUUGCACCUUAUGCAAGUGAUCUUUUGGAAACCAUGUUUUCACAUCAUAAGAAUCAUCUGACAGCUGUAUUUCAGGAAAGCACCUGGAUUGACCAGUGGCAUGAAACAUGGGUCUCCCCUCUUCUUCUAAUAUUGUGUGAAGGGAAUCCUGACCAAAGUACUUAUGUCAUUGAUUAUUAUUUACCAAAGUUGCUGAAAUGUAAUCCAGGCAGUCUGAACUACAUGAUUAAAAUUCUUCAGGCUUCUAGUGAUGCUAAUGUUGGGUCUUGGAAUACCAGAGGAGCUCUUGGAGCCUUGAUGGCAUGUCUAAGAACAGCUCGGGCUUAUGGACACCUACAAUUUGCAGAUGUCAUGAAGGAUGGUCUUGUGUCUGUUGGAUGUAUCAAACAAGGUUUAGUUCAUCAACAUGUUCAGGUUCGCAUAGAUGCUUUAGGUUUGCUUUGUGAAACCCAUCGCAGCACAGAAAUCGUGUCCAUGGAAGAGAUGCAGCUAGUACAUUUUUUUAUUAUGUAUAAUUUGAACAGUCAGUUUCCUGCAGUGAGGCAGCAGAUCUGUUCUCUACUGAAAAAGUUGUUUUGUAGGAUACAAGAAAGUUCCCAGCUGCUUUAUAAACUGGAGCAAAAUAAAACCAAGCAAGAGUCAGUUAAAGAACUGGCAAAAUUGGAUCCUUUUGGCACUUUACAGCAAUAUAAAGAUUUCGUAUCAUCUGUAUGUGACAGACUUUUUGAAGCCCUGUUUCCUGGAUCGUCUCAUCCAACCAGAUUUUCUGCAUUAACUAUUUUGGGAUCGAUAGCUGAAAUAUUUUCUGUUCCAAAUGGUCAGGCAGAAGCAGUCUUUCAGCUGGCUGAAGAGAUUGGUCGUACCCAUGUUCAAACACUAAUCAAGUGUUUUGCCAGCACUUUUGAGGAAGUAAAAAUUUUAGCGUUUGAACUUCUGAGGAAACUACACAAAGCUACAGUAAAUUUACAGGAUUCCGGAGACAUACAUCACUUAUUUCAAGCAUCAAUGGAUCUUAGCACAAGUACCAAGCCAUAUGACUCUGUAACUGCUUCGUAUUUGCUGAACUUUUUAAUACACCGUAAAGAACUGCUUAAUAGCUGCCUGAAAGAUCAGCCUGUUGUCCAUAAUUUUUUGAAAAAGGAAUAUAUCUCAGCAGGCACUGUGGAAACUAACACGUUAGCUGUUAUCAAACUUCUGUUAGCAAAACUUGAGGGAGAAAUAUUCCAAGCUGAAAAGUCCCUGCUUCAAGCAGCAGCUUCUUUCCCAUUGUAUGGGAGAGUACAUUGUAUAACUGGAGCUUUGCAGCAGCUACCUUUAACUAACUUGACAUUGAUGACAGAGUGGAAGCAGAUGGUGACAGAUCUUAUUUUGAUGUCCUACAAACUCUCUACUGUGGUAGCUCCUGUUGUGCAGAGUUCAUCACCCGAGGGUCUUAUUCCAAUGGACACAGAUUCAGAAAUUGCGGAUCGUUUGCAGAUGAUUCUGCAUGAGAUACAACCCCGUGAUACAAAUUAUUAUUUUACUCGAGCAAAAAUUCUGAAAGAAAGUUGCGGAACAGACUUGGAAAAACUUGUGGAUGACAAGCCAGUUGAUGUUUCUGAAGAUAUGAGAGGUAAAGAGCAAACAUGUGAUGUAACAGCUCAGAUGGUAUUGGUAUGUUGCUGGAGAAGCAUGAAGGAGGUGUCAUUACUUUUAGGGAUGCUGUGUAAACUUUUGCCUUUAAAGACUACAUCAGAAUCAUCAGAUGGAUUGAUAACAGAAGAACAGAUUAAAGAUAUAGGAAAUUACUUUAAACAUCAUCUCUUGCAGUCCAGGCACAGAGGGGCAUUUGAAUUGGCUUACACUGGCUUUGUGAAGCUCACUGAAACGCUCUCCAGAUGUAACAAUGAGAGUCUACAGAGGUUGCCAGAGCAAUGGUUGUGCAGUGUUUUGGAAGAAAUAAAAUCUUGUGAUCCUUCAUCUAAGCUAUGUGCCACUAGGCGCAGUGCUGGAAUUCCAUUUUAUGUACAGGCGUUGUUGGCUUCAGAACCAAAAAAGAGUACGACAAACUUGUUGAAAAUUACAAUGAAAGAGUUGAUAUCUUUGGCUAUUCCCUUGAAUGAUUCGACAAGUACAAUCCCACAGGUUCAUGCUUUAAAUAUCCUGAGGGCAUUGUUUAGGGAUACCCGCUUAGGUGAAAACAUCAUACCUCAUGUAGCAGAUGGAAUACAAGCAGCAAUUCUUGGUUUUACAUCUCCUGUCUGGGCAGUAAGAAAUUCCUCUACACUUCUUUUUAGUGCCCUGAUUACAAGAAUUUUUGGAGUCAAAAGAGGGAAGGAUGAAAAUUCCAAAAAAAACAGAAUGACAGGCAGAGAAUUUUUCUCUCGGUUUCCAACUCUUUAUCCUUUCCUUCUCAAGCAACUGGAAAUUGUAGCCAUCUCUGGGGACAGUGAAAGUGGCGAAUGUAAGCUCCAUCCAAGUUUAUUCCUCUUGCUUUUGAUCCUGGGUAAGCUGUAUCCAUCUCCAAUGGAUGGCACUUAUUCAGCGCUCAGUAUGGCACCUUUUGUUCCUUUCAUUAUGAGAUGUGGCCACUCACCUGUGUACCGUUCACGUGAAAUGGCAGGCCGGGCUCUUGUUCCAUUUGUUAUGGUAAACCAAAUACCAUCCACUGUACAAUCCUUGCUGGCUGGGCUUCCAGACUAUACUAGUCCAUGUAUACGACAGAACCCUAUUCACGGGACGCUUCUACAAAUCUUUUACUUGCUGCAGUCCUACUUGGAAUCUAAACACAGGGUUAAUUCAGACGUUCAGCGGGAGUUAGAUGACAUCAUUACUUGUAUAGAAGCCAAAGUAUGGCUGGCCAAAAGGCAAAAUCCUUGUUUUGUGACCCGAGCUGCAUAUCUUGAUAUCUUGGUCAUGAUGGUUGAUUACAUGGGGAAAUCUAGAAGAAAAGAAAUUGAACUGUUUAGAUUUUGGCAGGAAGUGAACACAGUUAUCUCAGAUUCUGAGUUGAUGACAGGUAUCCACUACUCCUGUGCAAUACCAGGAUUAAUACAGUAUCUUCAGAGUAUCACCCAUCUUGUAAUAGCAAAACUCUCAGUAUCUGUUGACCCUGACAUCUCAAGCAGCAGUUCACCUGUCACAGAAAAGAGGAUGAAUCCUUCUUUGCUGGUUAUCCGUUUGCUUCAGUCUGACUUUCAUGAAGUGCGUCUGCUGAUGUUACAAACUCUGCUUCUCUGGUGGAAGCAGGUAAAUUCAAAGCAGGUUACAGGCGAGAACAGAUGCCCAUUCAGCUCGCUUUUGGAUUUGGAGGAGACGCUCCUCAAAAUGACUAUGAUGGAAAGUCACCCACAAUGUUUUUGCAAGUUAUUGGAGAUUCUGUAUUACAUGGAUCUUGAAAAUGUGCUUCCAAGAACAGAAGACUCUAUGAAAAUGAAUCCAAAAGAGCUCUUAAACUGGACUACAAACAUUGCGGAUACCUCCACCAACGUUGAAAUUCAAAGCAUAGCUCUCAAAUUUGCUUCAAAAUUGGUCAUCCAUCUUGUAGAGAAUUGCCAAGAGGUUUUGGCAUUAGAGCUGAAACACUGGGUGCAACUAAUAGCUUGCUCUUGUGGAUAUGAACAACAGACGGAUAUGCUAUUGGCAGCUGCUGAAAUACUUCAAAAUAUUACACCGCUCUUCCUGACCAAUGAAAAACUCAUCCUUGGUCUUUCCGAUACGCUGGCCAUGUGGAAAUGCGUGGUUCUCCUGUUGCAGAGUGAAGAGCUGAUAGUAAGGAAUGCAGCUGCUGAAGUUAUACGGGUGGCCCAGUCUCAAGAAACUAUCUGUAAAAAAAGAGGAGGUGAAGUCCCUCUCUCACGGGCUGGAUGGUAGCUCCUUGAGUCAGGGCCAGAAAGAACCAGGCCAAGAAGAUAAGAGACUGAAAGGCUGGGGCUUCAAAGUGGCAAGAAGUCUGGGCUCCCCCUUGCUUUAGCAGCACUGCCUUCAGGGGAUUCCCUGAGAGACCAUUCAAGGCCACUGCAGUCCUGGGCCAGCACCCUGUGGAGGGCACUUGGUACACAAGGAUCUACUUGUCACUCCUUGAUCUCAUACUACCCAGUCCUGGCAGAAGUUGGAGCACAGCGCCAUCCACUCUAACUUCCACCACCAAUGUAAGGUCCCUAAUGAUCUUUAGCCUGCUCAUUGUGUUCUGGGUUGAUGGUGCAAUUGUGGUUCAAUACUUUUACAAGUCUCCACUUACUUAUUUGUGUACUUUUAUUACCUCACAGUCAUAUAAAAAAAAGAAUAUUUAAUAUGUCUUUGUAUGAUGACAGUUUCUAUUUUGUAAAUUGUGUGCAUUUUGAUUAAUUUUUUUUUUUCAAAAUUUAUGCCAUAUACACUGUGAAAGAAAAGAAGGGCAUUCGCAUUUAAUGAGAGCUGAAUAUUUCUAAUACUGUAGAAAAUAGUAAGUUCAGUAAACCUUUUCAGUGGAUUUCAGUAUCCAUGAAAGUUGUCUAUUUAAGGACUAUGGAGAAUAAAGGCCUCUUGUUUUUAUCCAAACAGGUGCUGCAGAGACAACAGUAGUGCACAUUUUGUCACUCUUAUGUGCCCUUGUACAUCAAAUUUGACUUUAAACCACUUCAGGUAGAAUGAAAUUCUUUCCUGUGCAGAGCACAAGACUUGUGCGUCAAUUAUGGUCCAUUCAAGCCCUGUUUUGAGGACUAAGGAGGAUUUAAAUACCAUGUACAUUUAAGUUGUGCCUAAAAACAAGAGAAAAUCACAAACUUGUUUCACAUAAUCUAGCAAUAGUCAGUUCAGUCAUGACUGAAACACUACCAACUUGGGCCAGAGUCAAAGCAGGAAGCAGCAAUGAAAAGACUUUUUUUUAUUAGACUAUGAACUCUGAGCCAUAGGUCUCCUACCGGUUUGGUUAUUUUUAAUUAUUUUUUAAAGCAGUCAUAGGAAACAAUGGGUUCUGACUUCAAACCCUAAAAUGAGUUAAACUCAACUUCUUUUUUCUGUAAUCAGUUCCAAAUGAAUCUCUCACUCCAAGGAACACUCCACAACUGACUCUAUUGAGCAAAUUGAUUUCUCAUGUGUAUAGCAAUCAAGUUAAAAUCAUUGGCAACAAAAGGUUAGAAACUUCACUUGAAAGAUGAUGUUUGAGUUGUUUUAGAGGGCUUUUGAUUAUUAUCAGGCUUAAAGAAAAAGGGUAGGCCUGUGUUGAAACUGUUUGAGGGUCAGAAUUAUUUCUGGCAAUUGCAUACUGUGCCAGUGUUAUGCCACUCUUGCAUGUUUUUAAUUUUGCUCUCUUUGCAUGAUCUGUUCUGCAUUAAUGAUCACCUUGUCAUGCUAGCAUUUAAAAACUUUUUUUUUCCAAAUAAUUCCCAGUGGUAAGAUGAAAGUGUUAAUAGAAAUACUUUAGUGGAGGUCUAAAUUAACUUAAACACUUGGCUAGAUCACAGUAGAGGUUAGGCUUACAAUAUCUUAUUACCAGGACCAAUAAACCCCCAUUCAUUUUUUUCAUUUAGUAUGUUAAUUACAUUCUUAUUCUCUCAGGCACAGACACACAGCACAAGCUUAUUUCAGUUUUGUGCUGAAUACCACAAUUAUAUUUUGUAUGUUUAUGCUUAGCUUUAAAAAUUCACACCCAAACAAAUAAACUCAGAUCUCUCAUUCCAAAAAAUCAGUCUUGUUAAACUUGGAUGUCAGGUUUGUAAGAAGUAGAUGUUUAAUGUUAGCUUCAAGUCCAUAACUUAAAUCCUUUAAGUAAGUGGCCUAAUGUUCCAAGCUGGUGAGCACACAGCAGUUCUCAUUGACUAAAUUUCAACCACAGGAUCAUCCUUCCCCUGUAGUACAUAAGACGACUUUCAUGAGAAGUCAACAAAUAUAUAAACACAGUAGAAAGACAUAAAAAAAACCUGUGCAACAUAGGUAAAUCCUUGUAUACUUAAGCAAUACAUACAGCUCUGAAGUUCAACAAAUUGUGCAGCAGUUGCAGAAUUUCGGAGAAGAGGCCCCCUCAAUUUAUAAUGCGUUCAUUUACUUUUUGAAAUAGACCAUUUGACUCCAAAUCUGAGAAGCAUGAAGUUCAAGUUGUCUUUCUUUUGCUUUAAACAUCAUCAAAGGUUUGAUUUUCUUUUUGUGUGUGUGUGUGUGUUUUGUUUAUUGCUUCAUCGUGUUUCUUAAAAGUGGCUAUAACAGCUCUAGGUACUUGUGCAAAUAUUAAAAGAUAAAUAGCUAAGGAUAAAGUUCCAAAACACAGCUUUGCCAGGCAAACUAACCCAAACUUAAAAAACAUAAAUUACUCAAGUAAAAAAUAGCCAACCAUAAAAUAGUACCUUCCUUUAUCCAGCUGUCCUAUAUUCUUGCGCUCAGUCCCUACAAGGAUGUUUAGGUUUGGAAAAUGCUUGCCCAGGGCACAAACCUUAGUAGUUACACCUCCGGAUAUAAGUGCAUGAAUAAGGGAGACUCUCUCCUGUCCUCUCAUUGAGCCACCUGCUGACACCCAGGCAGUGAAGAGGAGGAGGAAGCUGUCUGAUUCAGAGUAGACUUAGGAGACUGGGAAAGUGAAGAGACUGGGACUGGAAAGAGAGAUCUGUGAAUGGAAGCUGGGGAAGGAAACUAGAAGUUUGGGGAGGAGGGCACUCUGGGACUGUUUGAGCAAGGAAACUGGGGCUGGGGGAGAGAAGUGAUUAGGAACUGUUCAUGGAAGAUUGUUUUUGUACCAGGUGAGGUAGAUUAAAGGGGUAAAAAUACUGAAAUUAGACAAGAAGUUGCAGGACAAGUAAAAUGAGAAUAGUAACAGAGACUGGGACUAGGAGCCAGUGGGAGAGAAAAACUAGAACAGAUGGAAGGAGACAGAGCCUGGGUAAGGAGUUAGGUCGAGAGAAAAGAGCUAGGACAGGACAAACAGGAAGGAGGAACUGGAGUUAUGAGUAAGUGGGAGACUUCAGUUGGAAGAAAAAGCCUGGGAUGCAGGACUGGAACUUGGAGUCGGUGAAAGGGAAAGCAAGAGAUGGAAGGGACGACCUCAGAAAGAAUGUAGGAAAGAAGAGAGGUUUGUAGUUGGUUGAAGAUUAAGACUGCUGGACAGCAAGGCUGGAGGUCAAAGGGAGGAGUAGACUGAUCAGGAAAUGAGAUUAGAACUAGGAUGAGAAGCCUGAACAGUGGAAACUGGGACUGUGAGAGCAAGGAGGAGGGAAGUAGGAAGAGGUGCCAGACGUAAAAAGGACGCUGCACUGCGCUAUGCAAACACUGGAGGGGGUGAAGCAGAGGGGUUCAAACUUCAGAGAAUGAACAAAGCUAGGAAUGAAACACAAAGUUCUCGUCAUUCUUUUAUGUCAGCAAAUGUCUGUGAAGGUUGUUCCCCAUCCUUCACUAAUGCUGGCCUGUAGAGAGGAUGACAAUGGUUAUUGCUAUCAGUUGCUCCCUUAGCUCUUUCUACUGAACCUAAUGAUUUAAGUGCUCCUAUGUGGGUGUAAAUAUAGAAUCAUAGAAAAUUAGAGUUGGAAGGGACCUCAGGAGGCCAUCUGGUCCAACCCUCUGCUUAAAGCAGACUCUCCCCAACUAUAUAAUCCCAGCCAAGGCUUUGUCUAGCUGGGACUCAGAAACCUCCAAAGAUGGAGAUUCCCCCACCUCUCAGGGUAACCUGUUCCAUUGUUACUACCCUCCUAGUGUGAAAGUUCUUCCUAAUAUCUAACCUAAACUUCCCUUGCUGCAACUUGAGACGGUUGCACCUUGUUCUAUCAUCCGCCACCACUGAGAACAGUCUAGCUCCAUCCUCUUUUGAACCCCCCUUCAGGUAGUUGAAGGCUGUUAUUAAAUCCCCUCUCAGUCUUCUAUUCUCCAGACUAAAUAAGACCGGUUCCCUCAGCCUCUCCUCAGAAGUCAUGUCCCCCAGCCCCCUAACCAUUUUUUUGCCCUCUGCUGGACUUUCUCCAACUUGUCCACAUCCUUUCUGUAGUAAGGGGCCCAGAACUGGACACAGGACUCCAAAUGUGGCCUCACUGGUACUGAAUAGAGGGGAAUAAUCACUUCCCUCAACCGGCUAGCAGCUAUCCUACUAAUGCAGCCAAGUAAGCUGUUAGCCUUCUUGGUAAUAAGGGCACACUGUUAGCUCAUUUCUCAUAGAGAAAUGUCUUUCUUUUUUCCAGGAGUAAGUUGUCUAAUUAAAAAAAAAAACAGCUGAUUAAAAUGAAAAAAACUUAGGAAAUGACACACCGGAAUCUGUGUUAGGAAUAUUAGGUUUCCAAGGCCUGUGUUCAAAUUUUAGGAAAUGCCAGAAUUAAGAUUUUUUUUCCAGAGGUUUCCUGCACCCACUGCUGCACAAGAUGAACCCUCCCUGGGUAAUAAAGGAAAUUGUUGCCCGUAGGACUGACCACUGCCUCCUUUGUCCCAGAAGUUGAAAGCUAUAUAGUGAAUGAGUUAGGAGUUUGCAGUAAGGUGAAAGUUUAGAACAGUUGAAUGGAGCCCUGGAGAACCGGCUGCUUCCGAGACAGAGGUCCUUUGUAAUGCUAGGCAAAACAAACUUUUCAUUAAUUUGUGUGCUCCUCAUUUUCUGGAUACCCAACUUGAGAUCUUGUUGGGCAGGCAUGGAUGCCUCUGAAGUCGAUCGGAACCGUGUCCUGAAUGCGCUGUUAUAUAAUGCCAAGCACUCAGAAAAAUCAAGUCCCAAGUGUCUUAAAUUGGGUUCAAAGGGUACCUUGGUUCUCCAUCUGUAAAAUGAGGAUAUUACCAUACCCACGUCUUCCUAGGGGUACAUAAAAAAUAUCUGUAAAGCCCUCAGAUAAUGUAGAGAUGAGCACCCUGGAGAAAAUGAAUAAUUAUGCAUACACCAUAGGUUUUGAUUAGUGCUUAUAUAGCCAUAUAUAUAACAAUAAAAAAACAAAAUGUGAAAUUGGUGCUUAUUAACUAAGCACUGUCCAUCCUGUGUACUGAAUCAUACCCAGGACCUCUGGAAAAAUUAGUACUGGGUCGUGCAAUUAAAGAUUCAUUUACAUGCAGGCAACUGAAUUAAUUGUUGCUUGGCUUGAUGCUUGGCUUGCAUUUCUUAACUUCUGAGUGCUUGAUGUCACAACUUCAAUAGCAGUCUUUUAAUCUAGUUUGUGUGUGUUUAUGCGGGGGGGGAGGCUGUACAUAUAUACAAGUACAUUUUAAAAAAAGAACAAAUGGGGUGUUUGCCAAACACCUUUUACUUAAAGCUUGGACAAAUAACAUAUUUACUUUGGUGUAAAACAGGAGUGGAAACACAAUAUGUAGUCAUAACCAGUAUCAUUUACUUAUAUCUGGUGUAGAAAUACCCCUGAAAAAUCAGGUGUAAAGUUCCACUGCUGUGUUACACUAAUUUAGAUGUUGGCUAGUCACCAUUGAUCCUGGGAGAGCCAUUUGCACAAGGCAAACAGGGAAUUAUUACCAGUUCCCCCAUCACCUAGUGGCUAAGCAGCAGCAGCCUCUUGCAUUCAGCUGCUCUCCAAUAGCUGUUCUUUUGUCUGUUCUGGAUUCCCAUGUAAUUUCCAUGGGCAUAAAAAAAUGUAGUUUGCACUCAUAUAAGUGCAUUGGGACCAACCCCUUACAUAUUGCAUUCUGUUCUUUCAUACUUUGGUCUUGCCAGUGUAGACUGUAAGCUUCAUAGAGGUUAGGAACCUUUCCUCAUAAUAAGUUUAGACAGACAAUGGCCUCUGUGGCUACUGUGCUAUAAAUAAAUACUGCUCUUUUGCAGCUUGCUAGAAAUUAUUUAGACAAUAGGAAGCUGAGCAAAAUAUCUUAAUGUUUCGAGUUAGGGUAUAAAAUUAUUGUAUCUAAAUUAUUGCUGCACCAGAUUUACUUUGUUACCCAGAUGAGCAACUUUAUAAUCCGUUUGUUUAAAAUGUCUUCCAUUUUUAAUGGGAAAAUGAAAUAAGUAUAAAAUUAAAAAUAAAUUACCUCUGUUUAAAUGAGUCAUAGGUCCCAAAUUUCUGUUCUGCCUGACACUCAAAGUGCCUGCAUUCGUUACAAAUAUUCAUGGCUCAGAUAUUAAAUAGUAAUUCAGGUAGUGCCUUCUCUACUCAGACAUGCUUAAUGUAACUAAUCUCACAAUGGAUUUGAAACUCUGCAUUGUACCAUGCUUAAGUAAUGAGCCAGUUGAAGAGGAAGGAUAAGCUGUGACAAUGCAAAUUAUUGUUCGGAGAAAAAUCCAGAACAAGAUCAAAGCAUGUUGCAACCUAAGUAUUCUUGGGGUGGUUCAAAUAUCUUAUUAAAAAUAUAUUGGAGAGUUGCCAAAAAGCAAAAUUUCAUAGUUGAAAAUGAAUAGGUAAUUGUGUUAGCAGUUCUCACCAGUCAUGGUAAGUAGGAACCCAGAAUGAAGAUCAAGAUAUAAAACAAAACUUUGGGAACAAAUUCUGUACCAAUCCUUAUAUAAAUAAAUAAAAUGUGUAUCCCAGCAAUGCUAGGACAUGUCUUCCAAAAUACCAAACAUUAACUAAAAGCUUUUGCUGAGCAUUUCAGAACUUUAAAAAAUGUAAUUAAAAAAAAGAGAACUAAUACAAUGCCACUUACCAGGAUUUAUUGGUGUGUCUGUGCACCCUACUUUCCAGUCAACAGCUAAGUGCUUUUUUGCUGCGGAACUUUAUAUUGCUACUUCCUCUUGGGUAUAUUCUUUUCCCAGUCACUGAGGAUUAUGUUCCAACAUAUGAAUCACAAUGACUUUGGUUUUAGUAUUCCCAUGUUUCAUUUCAACACCACUUCAUCACCCUAAGUUAUUCUUAGCGCUAUUGCACAAUACCAAGUCAUCAUAUGGAUGAAGGCAUUAUUUUCUGUUAAAAAGGGAGCCUAUUAAUUAGAAUGGAAGAGUGAAUGGAACAUGUUAAAAUCAGCUUAUCCAUUACAGACUGGUUACUGUCCAUUUGCUGAUAAUGAUUCAUUUAGCCACAUUAGUUAUAGUACUGUACUAUGAUGUACUAGUUCUGGCAUGUCAGGUUCUUAAAAAUGAAGGGAGAAUUUUUAAUAGGCAAUUGUAUUUGCUUAGCUCUGGAGUGUCAAAAUUCAAAAUGUUGAGAGUGCUUUUAAAUUAAAUAAUAUACUCUGAAAUGUAAUUCAAAAUCAACUCUUUAAUUGUAAAUUACGCUUUUGGAUUUAAUGACAAUGCCUUUUUAACCUGAAGCUAGGACAACUUUGAAUUUCAGACAACCCCCCAAUAAUUAAAUAAUAAUUAGAUUAUAUUCAUGGAAAAUUAUAAAUUUGUUAUAAUUGUCCGUGUAUAAAAUGUAAUUAUUGGAAGGCUGUCUUAAAUCCAUCCCUCCCACUGCUGCAGUGGGGAAAACAAAGACUCCCCUUGAGCCACUUGCCCCCCCCAUCCCAGUACCUAUCCCCCACCUGCCCCCUGCCUCCUAUCUUCCCCCAGCCAAAACUUACCGCAUGCAACAGGCAGCUCUGGCUCUGGGUCUAGCCAGGGGCACAGAGCACAUGGUAGCUCUGGCCUUGGCCUGGCCAGACGCUAGCAGCGGCUGCAGCUCAAGCCUGUGUCAGGGCCAGAGCCACAGCAGUUCCCCAGCCACUGCAUAGUCUCCUCUGCAUUCUCCCCAGGCUCUUCAUGGCAUGGUCUCCACUGUGCUCCCAUGCUGCCCUCCACUGUGCUCCCUCUCCCACUACAUAGUCUACCCUGCUCUUCCCCCAUCACAUGAACUAUCCUGGCCUGGGGCAGGUAGCAGUGACACUUUGAGCUCUGGCUUCAAAGCCUCGACAGCUCCCUGCCCCAGAAUGAUACUUGAAUCCACAACUAUGGGUCCCCCCCCCUAUGUUGAAGGGGGUGGAAAUAUAAUCUUCAAUUUGAGUAAAUACAGGACGUGGGCAUCUUUCAGAAAGCUGGUGAUGUUUUAUUCUGGUAGUAGGAAACUAAGGAGAGCCAGCAUCCUACUCUAAAAGGUUGUUUUUGUUAAAGCAGCAAUAAAUACUUACAGUCACCCAAUUACAUUAAUAUUAUAAUUUAUGUGCAGCCCCUUGCAUUGAAUUCCUGCACUUUCCUUGUUCUAAAUAUUAUUCAAAUGUGAGGGCUUCCACUCCCUAUCAUGUCCCAUUCCCUCCCUCCCUUUAAGAACUCUUAAAGGUCCUGUCUUCUCUAGGGAUAUACGGCAAUUUUGCAUAGCCGUGCAGCACACUUUAACAUACUUUUCAUCCACAUUCAAAAAUACUCUUGAUGGUGUCACCAGCAGUGGCAUCUCUAGUUUAGAUCAGUCUUGCUUCAAGCAAAUCUAACCACUGUUUUUACUGACAGCUCUACAAUCACAGUGUCAAUGUGGAUACUGAGCACUGGCAAAAUACUUAGUCUUAGUGCUGCAAACAGUGCUCCCUCAACCAUUACAAACUGCACCCAUCACCACUGUGUCAUAGACAAGAAGAUUUUCCUGGGUUUGGUUUUUCCAGUCUAAAUGUUCCUCUUCUUAACUGGAACAUCUAAUUCCGUAGGACUUAAAGCUCACUCUCUGACGGAGAGGAUGAGUAAAGAGGGGACAGUAAAUGGGUGCAUGAGAAAUUCAAAAGAGUAGUUGAAGAAAGCAAAAGGAGGAGGAUGCUGGCUACUAGUGGAAAGGAGGGGUAGCAGUGGGUGUAUGGAAGAGCAAUUUCUUCCUUCCUCUGCUUAUCCCCUUGCACCAAGUAUAUUUUAAUGCUAAGCAGGUGUUUAAGUGCCUUUCAGUUUUGAAUGUGGCUAAAUAAUAGAAGAUAUUGAUGAUAGGGAUACUGAAGGUAAGGGUAUUAUUUUCCUUUAUGCCGAGGCAGGAUAACGACAAAUACUCGGGACUUCAUUUUGGCAAUAAUGAGACUUGCCAGCAAGAAUUUAGGAUGUUUUUUGUAGUAACUAGCUAUCACUUUAAAAAUUAAAAUAUUAAACACAUAUAGAUGCCUCAGACAAUGACAACAUAUGGUUGCUUCAAGCUCUAAAAUUCUGAGAUGUUUCCCUCUCCAAACAGUGGUCCAUAUCUCCAAGUUGAAUUGAAUUUACUGUAAAUUGUAAUUACUGUAAAAGUAAAUUGAUUUUUACUGAACUAAAGAAUGUUUAGAUUACAAUUUUUUUUUUUAAAUUCCAUUUAGCAGCUUUUCAGGUUUUCUUUCUUUUUUUUCAUAACUGCUGUGGCCUGUUCCCCAUAAGGUGUCCUGAUUACAGGCAUAUAGUAAGCUGUCUUUAAUACUUAUUUUACUAAAAAGAUUUCAUCAUACAUUCAUAGAUGCUAGGGUCAGAAGGGACCUCAACAGAUCAUCAAGUCUGACCCCCUGCCUAGGCAGGAAAGAGCACUGGGGUCAGAUGACCCCAGCCAGAUGCCUACCCAGCCUUCUCUAUAGACCCCCAAGGUAGGGGAGAGCACCACCUCCCUUGGAAGCCCAUUCCACAUUUUGGCCACCUUUACCGUGAAGAAGUUUUUCCUGAUAUCUACCCUAAAUCUGCUCUCUGUCAGUGUGUGACCAUUGUUCCUUGUUACCCCAAGAGGCGCCAUUCUUCCAGUACUAUCCCUAUGUUUUAGUUUUUUUCUCAUUCCUUUCAUUUUGUUUUAAUUUGUGCUCAUUUCAACAUUUACAUUUGCUGAGCUAAGUGAGAAUCUAUACUUUUACCUACUUGUGAGGAUCUGCUUUACAAAGUUUUUUUGUUAUCUUCUGAGUGAAAUAGACCAGGACAUACCCAGUAGAUGCUGCAACCUUUUCUUUCAUCUUUCCUGUCUAUACAGACUGGAAACUUCUUAGGGCAGGAACCUUCUCUCAGUAUGUUUAGAUGGUGUAUGGCCUUUAGUGCUAUUUUGCUAUAAAUAAAUAUUACUCUUUUGCAAACUACUAGAGAAUUUAGAAAGCAGGAAGUAGUAGGUUUUGAGAGCAGGGUGCCAAAUGGAUUUCUUUAGAGAUGAACUCCUUGAUGAAAGACUUUGCCGGAUUUGGUUUUCUUCACAAAGACCAAAAGGAUUUUUCCCGAGUCAGUAGCAUAUAAUCAGGUCUUUUCUGGGUUUGGUGAUUAGACUAAUAACCCCAUCUGAUGCUAUUAGCUUAUUCAUAUGUAUGGUCAGGCAAUUUGAAUAUAAUGAGGUUGAAGUAUUCUCUCUCUGUGCUGGGUAACUGACCUGAUAUCUUUUGUGUGUUCUUGUAUACCCCACCCCCUGUAUUGAUUUAUCCAGAAAGAUUAGACUGUUAAGAGCCUAGUUGAUUUUGCACAGCACUUUCAAUAAUUGUUCACUAUUAUUUGCAGAUCUAUAAUGAGAAUAAAUUUACAAUAAAUGAGAAAUAAAAUCACCUUGUCUAAAAAGUGUAUUUUAUUACAUUUACCUUUAUAAUAUAAAGCAGAGGUUGUGGUUACUUUAUGGCCCUAAUUUUCC